UUGUAUUUUUAUUCUGUGAACAGUGUUAAAAGUGUUUGUGUGAUUUAAAAAAAAAAUAAGUGAAAAUGCCUCCUAAAACCAGUGGUAAAGCAGCAAAGAAGGCCGGCAAAGCCCAAAAGAACAUCACCAAGGGCGAUAAAUCGAAGAGACGUACCAAGCGUAAGGAGAGUUACGCUAUCUACAUUUACAAAGUGUUGAAGCAAGUCCAUCCUGAUACUGGUAUUUCCUCAAAGGCCAUGAGCAUCAUGAACAGUUUUGUGAAUGAUAUCUUCGAACGUAUUGCCGCCGAAGCCUCCCGUUUGGCUCACUACAACAAGCGCUCGACCAUCACCAGUCGGGAAAUCCAAACUGCCGUUCGUCUAUUGUUGCCCGGUGAAUUGGCUAAGCACGCUGUCAGUGAAGGUACCAAGGCUGUUACUAAAUACACCAGCUCCAAGUAAAUGCCUUGAUUUUU